AUGUUACGGCCAUAUUUCAUAUCACCAACUCUUUCCUUAUUGUUACUUGGAACCCUCUCCGGCAGAGGUCUUGCAGAUCAGAUUUUGAAGACAUCGGGCUUCAGCGAAUGUCUAGCGGGUUCGAACAUAACGGUCCAAAAUCUCGACAUUCAGUACAACAAUGACGCGAAGUCGGUCACCUUCAAUGUUGCGGGAACAUCUCUCAGGUCUAUGAAUGUGACUGCGACUUUGAACGUUACGGCGUACGGGACGAAAGUGUACGAAAAUACCUUCAACCCUUGCUCCUCAGAUACAUAUGUUGAACAGCUCUGUCCUAUUCCCUCUGGUACAUUCUCAGCCACAGGAACACAGCAGAUUCCUCCUUCGUAUGCUUCCCUGAUCCCAUCGAUUGCUUUCAGCGUGCCCGAUAUCGCUGCACAAGCUACGCUUGAAUUGAAAGCUCUUGACACUGGAGACAAUGUCGCUUGCAUUACCUCGACAGUGAACAACGGCAAAACCGUCAAUGUCCCGGCUGUUUCCUACGUGGCGGCAGGAGUGGCUGGCGCGGCAUUAGUUCUUACUGGCAUUUCAGCAAUCGGGGCUGCGGCUGGCGGAAGUACGGCGGGAGUUGGCACUAUGAGCCCUUCGUUUACUGAAGUGAUAUCAGUGUUUCAAGGAUUUGCUAUGAACGGGAUGAUGUCUGUCAACUACCCACCGGUUUACAGAAGUUUUACCAAAAACUUUGCCUUCAGUGCAGGUCUGAUUCCUUGGAACGCCAUGCAGACAUCUAUCGACAACUUCAGAAACGUUACUGGCGGGAACUUGACAACGGAGAGUGUGGAAUUCCUUCGUAAUGCCACCCUCGUUUAUGGCGAUGGAUCGUCAGUUUCGAAGAGGUCCUAUGAGCUUCUAAAGGCUGGAUUCCUUCAGGCUCGGGACUCUUUGGAGACUAGUGUCGACUCCUCGCUAUCCUCUGGUAUCGAUUCAUCAAACUCUACUUCCACUGUCGAAACAACUGUAAAUGGCAUCAAAGCUUAUGUUGAACAAUUGUCAAUUCCUUCCGCUAACACAUUCAUGACGGUACUACUGAUUGUGGCAUGCGUGGUGGCUGCGAUCGCUGUUGGGAUCCUGCUAUUUAAGGUCAUUUUGGAGACCUGGGCCCUGUUUGGAUCCUUCCCGAAAAGUCUGGUUGGAUUCCGAAAACAUUACUGGGGCACAAUGGCUCGUGCAAUUGUGCAACUCAUCCUCGUACUCUAUGGCAUAUGGGUGCUCUACUGUAUAUUUCAGUUCACGCAUGGCGAUUCUUGGGCUGCUAAACUUCUGGCAGGUCUGACUCUAGCCCUUUUUACCGGUGUCCUAGCUUUCUUCAGCUUCAAGAUUUGGCAUGCAGCCAGAACACUGAAGAAGAUGGAUGGAGAUGCUUCAGGAUUGUACGAAAACAAAGACUUUUGGCUCAAAUACAGUCUCUUCUAUGACAACUACAAGAAAGACUUCUGGUGGGUCUUCGUUCCAGCAAUCAUUUACAUGUUCGCGAAGGGCUGCGUCUUGGCAGCAGCUGAUGGCCAUGGUUUGGCUCAAACCAUUGCGCAACUCGCCAUUGAGGUUUGCAUGCUUGGCCUACUCAUAUGGAAUCGUCCCUACGAGAGACGCUCUGGUAAUGUUAUCAACAUCGUCAUCCAAGUUGUCAGAGCACUCUCAAUUGUCUGCAUUCUUGUCUUCGUGGAGGAAUUGGGCAUAGCGCAAACAACUCAAACUGUGACUGGCGUCGUGCUCAUGGCCGUCCAGUCUGGUCUGACCGCUAUCCUGGCUAUCCUGAUUGCAGUCAACGCCAUCAUCAUAUGCUGCAAAGAGAAUCCCCACCGUAAGAGACGCAAGGAGGCUGAAAAACUCAACCGAGACCUUGAUAACCUCACUCCACUCGAUGCACGCAACUCGCUUCUUAUGGAUCCUGCGAAAGCUCCGCUGUCGUCUGAUGUGUAUCCAUCUGACCGCAAGCACAGCGAUGACAGUUUCUUGAACGAACCUGCCAACCCGUACCGAGGUGCAACACCCAUGAGAUCUUAUACCACAACGACGCAAGGAUCACUUGCGCCUCAACUAGGAAGACCAUUCACCCCAACCUCACAUAGUCUCUACCAACCCGACACCAGGGAGGACCAAAAUCUGGUGCAAGGAGCAGCUCCGCUGGGAGGUAUUGGAGGGAGUCCGCCUCGACAGCCUGCGAUACCGCAGCUCCCCGGCUAUGGGGGGUAUAGGGGCGUUGCGUACUGA